UGUGUAUGUGUGUGUGUGGUUCCCAGGCUCUGUGGGAAUACUGCAGGAGGAGGAGGAACCAGUUCAGCCUGCAGCCGGCUCAACGGCACCUGCCUCCAGAAGACACACCUCUGGAUGAACUCCGGAUGCAGACUGGAAAUCUUUUUCCAGCUGGGACUUUCCUUUUCCUGCAGGAUUUCGGAUCGUCAGGCUGCUGGAAUCAAACUUUUAAAUAUUGGGUAAAUUUUCCAGAAGUGGAUCUCUGAGGUGGGAUUGUGUCCAGAGAGGGCGGACACGUCCCCGUCCUCUCACCAUGAAGCGUCAGUGUGAGGACAGCCUCGAGGAGCUUUACUCAGGAAGAACGAAGGCCUCGCUGAUCCGCUCUCCGACUCCGACCGCUCCGGCGACGACAAGGAGAAAACGUAGAGGGAUCAUCGAGAAACGACGGCGAGAUCGGAUCAACAGCAGUCUGUCAGAGUUACGCCGACUCAUCCCGACAGCUUUGGAGAAGCAGGGCUCAGCUAAACUGGAGAAGGCUGAGAUCCUCCAGAUGACUGUGGACCACCUGAAGAUGCUGCAGGCAACUGGAGGGAAAGGUCCCCUGGACGUCCAGGUCUUGGCGUUGGACUUCCAGUCUCUGGGCUUCGGGGAGUGUGUGACUGAGGUGUCUCGCUACCUGAGCUCCAUGGAGGCCCAGGACUACUCAGAUCCUCUUUACUCCCGCCUCCUCUCCCACCUCACCUCCUGUGCCUCAUGGCAUGAGACUGCCUCCCACCAGCAGCCUCACCCUUUUCACACCCACCACUGGGCAGCGCUGUAUCCUCUGCCGUACGGACUUGUGGUCCCUCUGGACUGUGGGAGACAAGGUGGAGCACCCCAGAGGCUGGUGGAGCUAAUGCAGCACAACGGGACCUUCUCCUCCCCCCUUCUCCCUCUCUCUCUCAGCAGCCUUUCCCAUAGCUCUCCACAGAGGCUUCCUUCCCCAGCCCUCAUCGCCUCCUUCUCACAGCCCAUCCCCAGCAGCAGUAAGGCGUUCCUGCCGUGGGGCUCCGAGGUUGGAGCCUUCUGACCCACUCCGAUGUCCACUCCACAUCCAUCAGAAGGUUCCUCCAGCAGGAGCUGGUUCUGGAGGCCAAACCCAGACCCACACACACACACACGCACAGGUGAUGCUGAAGCUGGAGAACCAGAUCUUAUCUGAACUCUGGACCACUAAGAAGAACUUUGGGUCGGGUUGCUCCUGAUUUUAGCAACUCGAUGGGAGAAGGUCUGAGUGAUGCUGAAGGACCGAUCCUGGUCCAGAGGGACACCAGGGCUCCUAACAUCAGACCUGGAGGACACGUCCAUGUUUGUUCCUGAGGAGCUCAGAUGGAUCCUGGCCGUCUGAAGAACCUUUAAAACCUUCAGACUUUGUUUCCAAGUGAUUUUUGUAAAAUUCCAACAGAUAUCAGAAACUUAAGAGUUUCUGGAGAAAAUGUGAUGAAAUAAAGUGGUU